UAAAUUCCUCCUAAAAACAAUUAAUCUUUUUUUUUUCUUUUUUCUUUUUGUCUUUUUGCCUUUUUCUCGGGCCGCACCUGAGGCAUAGGGAGGUUCCCAGGCUAGGGAUCGAAUCAGAGCUGUAGCUGCCCGCCUACACCACAGCCACAGCAACUCGGGAUCCAAGCUGCGUUUGCGACCCACACCACAGCUCAUGGCAACGCUGGAUCCUUAACCCACUGAGCAAGGCCAGGGAUCGAACCUGAAACCUCAUGGUUCCUAGUCGGAUUUGUUAACCACUGAGCCACGACGGGAACUCCUAAAAACAAUUAACCUUAAUUUGGCGGCCCCUCCUUACAAAAAUCAUGAACGUUCAAAGUAAAGAUUAACAAAACCAAACCCCACCACCCUGAAACAGACACAAAAGUACAAACUAACAACCCCCACCCCACCCCACCAUCUGGAUUUCCAGCCUUUUCAGUUUUGUCCUCCCAGACAGUUUGCAGUAUCUAUUCACUUUUGGAAAAAUGAAAACAAAAGACAAGCUGAUUAUCACAAUAUUGACUUUUCCAUAUCUUGCCGGAACACUUCCUCCUGGUUCCUUCCUUAUCAACAACGCUGAUAGCUUUAUGACCUUCCACAGAGGCUGCCUUAUUUAACCAGACCCUGGCAAUGGACAUUUGGGGAUUUCUAGAUUUCCCUGUUAUAAGAAACACAGUGAUGGGCCCCCGAGACCUCACUGGCUACUUGUUUUAUUUUCUUGUGACAAAUUCCUAGAAAAGGAAAUGGUAGGUCACAAGGUACGGCCACUUUUCAAGACCCAUCAAUCUGUCCUGAUGUUCAGCAGGACUACGUGUCUGAGCCAAGUUCGGUUACCUCGAGCCAGGAAGUCUUGGUUCACACCCCUCUCAAGAGGAGCUGUGUGAGCUUCCAUCCCCACCUCCACAUCCAGACUAAGGCCACAGCCCUCCUCUGGACCUGGUGACCUAAGGCAGGUUGCCCCAGCCACCACGCCGCACCUGGGCCCAUCCCAGUCCUGGAUGAGUCAGCUGACCGGGGAGCAGGAACCCAGCUGGAACAAGGGCCACCGCCUUCCAGGGAGAGGAACAGACUCCGUUGGCAGUGGUUGGAGGAGGACAAGCAGCAGCACCUGGGCUGCAGUGUGUUCCAAAGAGCAGCCAUGUCCACCCUGUACCCAUCUCUGGAGGACCUGAAGGUGGACCAAGCCAUGCAGGCCCAGGCCAGAGUCGUCCCCAGGAUGCCCGCCCUGCCAGUGCCAGAACAUGACUCCCGGCCUCCAGUUUUGUACCCAAACCUGGCGGAAUUGGAAAAUUAUAUGGGUCUUUCCCUCUCCAGCCAAGAAGUCCAGCAGAACCUGCCUCAGAUUCCAGAAGGGGCCAGGGCAGCGGUCUCGGGUUCCUCGCCGGGCCAGCUGGUGGCGCCCGUGUCCGGGAACAGCCUGGGGGUGCUGCGUGCGGAGAUCAAGCCCGGGGUGCGCGAGAUCCACUUGUGCAAGGACGACCGUGGCAAGACGGGGCUGCGGCUACGAGCCAUCGACAAGGGGGUCUUUGUGCAGCUGGUCCAGGCCAACACCCCCGCGUCGCUGGUGGGGUUGCGCUUUGGAGACCAGAUCCUGCAGAUCGAUGGGCGUGACUGUGCCGGGUGGAGCACGGACAAAGCCCACCGGGCGGUGAAGAAGGCAUCAGCUGAAAAGAUCGUCAUGAUCGUUCGGGACAGGCCGUUCCAGCGAACCGUCACCAUGCACAAGGACAGCACGGGCCAUGUCGGCUUCGUCAUCAAGAAGGGAAAGGUCAUCUCUUUGGUCAAAGGGAGCUCGGCGGCCCGCAACGGGCUCCUCACCAACCACUACGUGUGCGAGGUGAACGGGCAGAACGUCAUCGGGCUGAAGGACAAAGAGGUCACAGAGAUUCUGGCCACAGCUGGAAAUGUCAUCACCUUGACCAUCAUCCCCACCGUGAUCUACGAGCACAUGGUCAAAAAGUUGUCCCCGACCCUGCUCCACCACACCAUGGACCACUCCAUCCCGGAUGUCUGAGGCCCCAGGAGAGCAGCUUAGCCCCCCCAUCCUCCUGCAGGGAAGGGAGGGCCCCUGGAUGACAGGCUGCUGCCUGGGGGAGGGGCUGUCUCAAGGGGGUGCUUACUACAGGUGGGGCGACACUGGAUCCCCUGGGUCUGUCAUUUAUUUAAACACACUGGCCUCCUUGGAUUCUCAGACUCUUAACUGAGCUAAGGCGGGGGCAGGGCCCACAGGCAGUGAUUCUCUGUGCCGAUUUAAAUGCUGGGCAUGUAGGCAGGCUGGCUAAAGUUGCAGCUGGGUCCUUUUCAAAAUUUUGCCUCUACCAGUAAAACAGUUCCAUGUUUUGAGAGAAUGCAGUUUUUGUGAGAAUUGUUUGUUUCCUUGACUUGCUCUUUGUCACAAACUGUAUAUAGUUAUAACUGUCUUUUGAAUAAAGAGAUGAUUUUAAAUAAAAUCCCUUUUUCAAAAGCAA